AUGUAAAUAGAGAAGGCUGUCAAGAAGGGGAACCCAUGCAGGGUAAGUCAGUAGCCUGUUUGGCUCAAGAAAUAUGGGAGGACGGAUCGAGGUAGCGUGCCAAGAUGUCGCUCUCAGUUCCAAUCGUUUUUGCCGUUCUGGCUGCGACAGGCGUAAACAUCGGAAAAGUGUUCCAAAAGGAAGCUACUCACAAGCUUCCAGUUUUACGCUUGCAGCGAGACGUGCUGUAUCAGUACGUAACGUGUGCGGACUGGUUGAUCGGGUUUGCAUGUGACAUCGGUGGCUCAAUCUUCAUGGUGCUGGCGCUUUCGUUGGCUCCCGUGUCUCUGGUCGAGCCCGUCGCAGGCUCUGGAUUGGCAAUACUCGCUCUUUUCUGUCACCACUACUUGCACGAGAAGCUACACGUUAAGCAAUGGGUCGGGGUUGGAUUUGCAAUGGUCGGUGUGGUUGGAAUGGGGCUCACUGCAGCCCGCUCGAUCAGUCGCAUAUCGACGAGGUCUGUCCUCCCGCUGCUGCUGUUCAUCGUGGGAGCGCAGGUGGUGCUCGAGGUGUGCUAUCGGAGGAGCACGCGAGAUGGGUCGCUCGAGGUGGUGAGCGGCAUCCAGGGGGGCAUGUUCUUCGGACUCUCCGCCAUCUCGACCCGCUUGGGCCAGGUGGUGUCCCAGCAGCCCGGCAUCCGGCACGGCAGUCUCCGUCUCCUGUGCGCCGGCGGAGGCAUCGCGUGCUCCCUGCUGCUGUCGCCCGCCGGCUUCUUCUUCCAGACCAGGGGCUUCAAGCGAGGUCGAGCAGCGAUUGUCGUCACUUUCACAACGAUCGCGAGCAUCUCCACUGGUCUCCUGGUGGGGCUCACGGUGCUCAGCGAGCCUGUUCCCAGAAACCAGGCGGCCUUCGCUGCCUGGUGUGCAUCUAUCGGGUCCGUCGUCAUCAGUGUUUUGUGUUUGAUGGCAGGUGGUGCCGCGGCUGAUCGUACCUCGCCUGCCCUCGCCGCUUACCAGAAGACUCUGAUCGAUGGCAGCGACAGGGAGCAGUUCCUGCCGAUAAUCGUGAUCGACAACACCGACAGGGUGCCGCGGCUUAGGCCCGAGGAUAGCCAGGAAGCCUGAGGGAAGCCCACACCUCGCAGGCGAAAGCGGGGCCGAUGUGCCCCAGAGCGGGGCCAGCGGUGAGGUUGAGACGCGAGGCGAGCGGACUCGUCCCGGCACUCUGGCUUCUUCAGGGGCUGGCUUGCCAUCUAUCUAUCCAUCUCUCCUUUUUUUUCUCUUGUUUUUUGGUUCUCUCUCUCUCUCUCUCUCUCCGCCUCGGCAUCCCCAGAUCUACAGGAUGUGCAGGCGUUCUCGCUUGGUCAAGUGGGGGGCCUGUUACGGGCUGCUAUGUUAGCACGUGCCGCCGCCCUGCUUCAGCGCUUCCUUAAACGGCAGUAGGAAGGAAGUGAGGCGGAAAGGACUUCGCACGCGGGGGACCGAUGGGACCACCAUCAUUUGAAGUGAUGCACGGGGGACUGAUUUCGGAAGGGUGAUGGUGCGGACGAAAAUGA